AUGAUUGAAUCAAGUGUUAAUUCAAAGAUUUUACAUGAUAACGACUCAUGGCCGAAUUACGGUACAACACCCAUAGCGAUUACCGAUUCAUCACUCAUCGAGACUGGUGAUCAUUCUGACCGAGAAACAAAAGGAUCAAAUUGGACUGCCUAUGUUAAUGUGGUAUGUUUAAUAGCGGGAUCUGGCACACUCGGUAUUCCAUAUGCGAUUCAACAAGGUGGUUGGAUCUCCCUGGGAGUCUUGUUUCUUUCCGGUGUAAUAUGUACUUACGCAAAUAUAAAAUUAAUCGAAUGUUUAUAUCAUGAUGGCAAGACUCGAAAAACAUCAAUAUCUGAUCUGGCAUACGACGCAUUUGGCAACAUUGGUUUACGUAUCGUAGGGUUCUUCUUUACUGCUAUAAGUAUAGGAUGUUCUAUUCUUUAUCUAGUCUUGGCCGGUGAAAGUCUUCAACCUUUGUUUGUAAAUAUUGGAAUUGAUUUGGGUAUGACAAAUUGGAUUUAUAUUUGCUCUGCCACUAUGGCCGUGCCUUUUUUAUUUUUAAAGACCAUGAAGGAGGCUGCUUGGUUAAGUGUUUUCGGUGCGUUAACAACUGCGCUUGCCGUAUUUGUUGUUUUUGUGAAGUCAAUUAUGGAAUAUUCCCCAAGUGCUCCUACUCAACAUGAUUUUGUGAACUUUCGCGAUAUACCCCUCGCAAUGGCAACUUUCAGUUUCAGUUAUGCCGGAAAUAUAGUUUUUCCUCAUGUCGAAGCAAGCAUGAAACAUCCACGCUCAUGGCCAACAAUUUAUAUCUAUGCCAUGUGUACAGUCACAUUAAUGUACCUAUUAAUUGGCAUUCCUGCUUAUAUAACUUAUGGUCAUACAACUCUUUCUCCAAUAUACUUAAACCUUCCACCAGGUUUUGCUGUAACAACGUCGAUUUUAAUGAUGACAGCUCAUGUCUUAUUAGCUUUACCAAUCUAUCAAACAGCUUUUUGUUUAGAAAUAGAAGAUUACAUGGGUAUUAGUGUUGAAAAUCUUGGUAAAAUUCGUGAAUUCAUCUAUAGAUUUCUUUGUAGAUUAUUUAUCGUGGUAAUUACAACCUAUUCCGCUGUUACAAUUCCUUAUUUUUCUGAUCUUAUGGCUUUGUUGGGUGCCUCAGGUAAUGGGCUAUUAUUAUCUAUUAUGCCAAUUUUAUUUUGGGUAAAAUUGUUUGGGUGGAAUCAAUUAAAUGGGUGGAAAGAAAAAUGUUGGGUAAUUUUUGCUUUAAUUUUUUCCUUUUAUGGAUUUUUUAUUGGAACAUUUGAUGCAUUGGCUGCAUUGUGGUUAGAUAUUUUAGGCGAAAGCGAAACUGGUCAAUAA